AUGUAUAUUCCAAACAUGUUUUUCGUGACUCUGUUUGUGUUUAUGAGUGUUGUUAGUGGGGAAGUGAACUCCACUGAGGCUGGCUCCAUGGAUAAUAGUUCUCGUAUGGCAUGGAUGAAGGGCCUACUGGAUCACCACGAUUGGAUUAAUUUACUCAACGCGAAUCAUUCACUACCGGAGACUUGCGAAAAUGAUUUGAGGCAGUACAUCACAGCAUUAAAUCAGGGGCAGCUGUGGGCUUCCAAAAUUUACGACGCUUCCGGACAAUACACUCCUAACUUAUUAUUUGGCAACGAGUACUGGCUGGGUUCACAGAAUGCGUGUCACGAUCUGUUACUCAAGAAAUACUAUGCGCAAACUCCGCCCUUCUCUACCACGUUCUACGUUGCUAAGAUCAAUCUUAAAGUAGAUGCAGAUCAUAUACCGCAGACGAGGCCAAUGUUAGUCGGUCAAUGCGUGCCAGCUUCCUGCAGCAAAGAUGCAAUAAAAAUGCUACUGAGUUCGUCGGAAGCAGUGAUCGCCGCCCGGGCCGCAGCCGCAGGUAUCGACGCCUCGUUCACUACCCUCUACGUGCGCCCAGUGCCAGGCUCCUAUGACAUACUAAAUGACUUUAAAUUCCACAUACUUGGGUCGGUAAUGCUAGCAGUUACGAUAUGGAUGUUCAUAGCGUCCAUCUACGAAGGUUACCUCGAACGUCGCUAUCGUCUCAAGGAACAAGAAGACCUUGAACUUGCCAACAAUAAUAAGCCAACUUCAAAUAAUAACUCGAAAGAUGAUAUAAAAGUAACAGACGAAGAUCAUAAAGAUCAAGAUAUAUGUCGGGAAACUUGUGGGACGUGGUCCGAGGUCUUACUUUCUUUUUCUAUUCUAUCUAACGGCAGAGUUAUUCUCAGCACACAAAAGCCUAACGACGGCGCUUUGACGUGUUUGCACGGUAUGAGAUUUAUGUCAGUGUUAUGGGUUAUCAUGGUGCAUACUUACUUAACCAUUUUCUACGUCGCUGACAACAAAACAAUGAGAGUUGUGACAGAACGAAAUUUCCUCUACCAAUCUGUUGGCAACGCUUCUUUUUGUGUCGACACUUUCUUCUUUAUAAGUGGACUUCUCGUUACCGUACUAUUCUUAAGGACAGAAGAUAAAAAAGCAGAUAGGAAGCUAAACAAAAAGGCAAAACCCGUGCCCCAGGAUAUAAACAAGGAUCUUAACGUUUACACGAAUUCUGCAUUAUCUGUUUCCGUUACAAGCCAAGAAACAUUCUAUGAAGAUAUACUGGACAAGCCGGCUCCUAAAGGUUAUUCCAAAGAGGAAAUUUUUAAGAUGACGAAAUCAUUUUUCGUAUUAUUUUUCUAUCGAGUUGUCAGAUUGACUCCAGCUUAUGCAUUCGUAAUUGGAAUAAACGAAUUGGCUCUUCGCUACACACAUGACCACACCGUAUUUGAGCCAGCUAUGUUUGACCAUAUCAACUGCGAACGCUACUGGUGGCGCAACUUGCUUUAUAUAAAUAACUUUUUCCCGCAAAAGGACAUGUGUAUGGUGUGGUCCUGGUACAUGGCAAACGACACACAAUUCUAUGUCAUAGGAGUGAUAUUGUUAUUAAUAUCAGUAAAACAUACAAAGCUAGCAAUGGGAUCGCUCAUACUAUUGUUGAUUAGUUCGUGGGCAACCACCAUCUACGUAUCGGUGUGGCAUCAAUAUAAGGCUCGCAUUCAAGAACCAUUCGAAAUGUUCGAUCCCCUUUAUGACAAACCAUGGUCGAGAAUUGGACCAUACUUAGUCGGAAUGACAGUAGGGUGGUACCUGCAUAAAACUAAGUGUCAGGUGCGAAUCCCAUACUGGCUGGUGGUGAUAGGCUGGCCCACAUCACUGGCCAUCAUCGGUAGCUUAAUCUUCGGAAUGGUGGAUGGAUACUUCGAAGUAUGGCCUACAGCAUUUUACGUUAGCAUUGGACACACAGGUUGGGGAAUUGCACUAGCGUGGAUAUGCAUCGCCUGCUGCUGCGGUUACGGUGGUAUAGUCAACUCGGCGUUGUCCUACCGCGGCUUGUUGCCUUUGAGUCGCCUGACCUACUGCGCCUACCUGAUACACCCAACUAUCAUGAUGUACACCUCAUUUUUGCUCGAUGGACCUCUGCAUUUGCAGAACUCUAUGGUCCUAACAAUAUACGCCGGCUACGCAGUGAUGGCUUUUCUUGCAUCGUUUGCCAUAUCACUUGCAUUCGAAGCGCCAGCAGUGCGUCUGUUGAAAAUCAUCAACGGCGGAGGACGAAGAAAAAUGUCAUCAGAUGAACAACAUUAA